CGCCAUUUCAUCCUCUGGUCGCCUCUUUUCAUGUGCCUGUCCAAGUGUUCUUCUUCGCGUUGAUGAGCUGACGUCUCGCCCCCGUCGUGAUCCAUGAGGACGCCUCUCGCAAGGAGGGUGAGCUCCUCACGUCCCUUUGUGUCUCGCCCAAGCUAUGUCUGCUUCCAAUGCAGAACGAUCACGCGAUCGCGCACAUUUGAAGAAGGCGACCUCGUCCUCGUCAAGCGACUGGCCACAGAUCCCAAACCGAAACUGAUCCAGUCGCCUUUGAAGCCUGGCGAGAAUUUCAUAACACAGCAUGGCGCGAUCAGACACGACGACAUCAUUGGCGCAAAGCUCAACAGCGUGGUGGAGACGAAGAAGGGUGUGAAGUACACUGUGCACGAGCCUACCUUGGACGAAUAUGUGCGGAUGACUCCAAGGCUAGUUGCUCCCAUUUAUCCUAACGAUGCGAACGUCAUUGUCAACCUGCUAGAAUUGCACCCCUCGGGACCGCCGCGAAAUGGUGACGGGACAGUAAGCGAGUGUGAAGGCCCCGAAAUUGAGAUCUUUGAAUGUGGCACCGGGCAUGGGGCGUUGACAUUGCAUCUUGCGAGGGCCGUUCAUGCAGCCAAUGCUCAUCUCCCCCCUCUCAGCGAGGCAGAACGCAAGGGAAAACGUGUAGAUAGCGACAUAUCCCUUCAAAGACGAGCCAUCGUACACACAAUGGACGUCUCGGCGAAGCAUUCGAAACACGCCAAAAAAAUCGUUCACAACUUCAAGAACGGCUUGUAUGCACGUAGCGUCGACUUCCACGUCGGCAGUCCCUCUUCAUUCUUCGCAAAUAGGAAGCAAGACGAGCCCUUCCUCACCCACGCAAUCCUAGACAUGCCAUCUUCGCACGCGGAGAUGGGGACCAUAGCUCCUUAUCUGCACCAAGACGGGAAGCUGCUUCUAUUCGCCCCGAGCGUGACACAGAUCGUGGAUGCUCAGCGCGAGGUGCGAGAAAGAAAUCUGCCCCUGUACCUAGAGAGGGUUGUUGAGCUGGGCGAAGGUCUCAGCGGUGGUCGAGAGUGGAGGAUCAUAUUUUCCAAGUCGCGAGCGGCUGCUCGUGCAAACGCUGACACGCCAGAGGUGUCUGUGAAGACGGGCGAGAACGGCGUCGACGGCGACAAGGAAGAAAAGGACCAGGAAUGGUGGGUCUCGUGCAGGCCGAAGGUUGGGAAAAUGAUCCAAGGCGGUGGAUUCGUCGGGCUGUGGUCGCGGAUUGAGGAAAGUCGAAGGCGUGGAGGCCUGAACAGCGACUGUAAAGAAAUGCUAAGCGACGAUAUACAGGAUGGAGACGAGGAUGUUGAGAGUGAACAAGAAGCCCGUGCUGAGAGCGAACGAGAGUAGACAAUUCUUGUGGAUAGAACUGUACUUUAGCAUCGACUGCGAGGCAAGGAGACUUCUUCUCCCUUUGAGGAACAUCGCGCAUGUAGAUAUAGAAGCCUGUAAUUUUAGCCAUUCAACUCUGCGUAUGCUCUGCUCAUAA